CCUCGUUACAGUCUGCCCUGUGAGCCGAGCGGAGUGUGACGGGCUUCCAUGACCUGGCGGAGCGCGCUUAUCACGGGUGGGUUGAUCGCGUGGCUAUCAUGGCUGUGGUUCAGGUACCCGCAGGUAAGCAAAAAAGAAAUCUUGGCAGCGCUGGAGCGAUGGACGGCUGAGUGUCGUGCUGUUUUUGCUGAGAUCGCUGCAGUGACACAGGCGAAGGAGGCGAAGGAAAGCGGAGAGGAGCCUUUCAGUGAGGUGCUGGAUCAGCCGUUGCUCCUUGCGCACGGGCUUCGCUCCGCUGCAGCGCAUGCGGCUUUGACGUUGCCAGGAGACUUUUCCGGAGAAGACUUGGAGACUAUCUUCCACAGUUAUUCAGAUGAGCCGCAGGUUCGCAGAGUCCUCUCCGACAUGCAACAGCAGCACGAAGCUUGCCUGGAGGGCGUCAUGCUGCCAGGAGAGAAUUGCUGGCUUGCGCAUGACCGCGCGCGAGACGCCGAAGCAAUACUCCGAGUCUUGCGGGACCUGGGAUCUCGUCGCGCAUCAAAGCUGGCACAGCUGGACCAGGUCAAGGGUGGCCUUGGGCCUGCAAUGAUGAGAUGCUGCGAGGAAGCCGAGGAGGAGUUCUGGGCAGAGAAGUUCCCUGGGAACGAGAUCGCCAAGCUGUCCUUUGGUCCGGCAGUUGCGACGUUCUUGGCAAACGCCAGCUUCAAAGACCGCUGCUCACAACUGGAGACCGAACUCGCGGGCCAGUGCUGAGUGAAAGCGUGGCGUGCGAUUGCAUCAGCACAGGCAUCAUUUGGCUC